CAGAUUUAAAAAUGUGACAUAAUAAUAACACAUCAACAAGUGAUGAUGAUGUACCAAAUACGAAUGGUGAUUUCAAAAUGGACCAAAAAAAAUUCACAACCAAUGGCAAUUGGCCAGUUGCGAGACGGAAGAAUUGGUCUAUUGGCCGAAAUAAAUUCUGUAAUGAAAUGGACGACAAUCACAAAUUCGUUGUCAAUCCAUAGACGACAAAUGUCAACAACAGCCACGACCACUAAUAAUAAUGAUAAUGAUGAUAAUGAUGGCAAUAAAAAUGUUAAAACCGCAAUAUUAAUGUUGAAUAUGGGUGGACCAAAAACCAUAGCAGAUGUUGAACCAUUUUUACGUGAAUUAUUUCUUGAUAAUGAUAUUAUUCGAUUACCAUUGCAAAAAUGGCUUGGACCAUUCAUAGCCAAACGGCGUACAUCGAAAGUGGCUAAAAAAUAUUCUGAAAUUGGUGGCGGUUCACCAUUACAUGAUUGGACCAAUCGUCAAGGAUCAUUAUUAAUCGAACGAUUAAAUCAUAAAAGACCACAAAAUGGACCAUAUAAAUAUUAUAUCGGUUUCCGUUAUACAUCACCAUCAUUAGCAGAAGCAUUCGAACAAAUUGAAUGUGAUAAACCUGAACGUGUAAUUGCAUUUUCACAAUAUGCACAAUAUUGUUGUAACACUACUGGUAGUAGUCUAAAUCAGAUGGCAAAAUAUUUUCAAAAUGAAAAAAAACAAAAUCAUCUACAUCAACAAAAAUCAUCAUUUCAUCUUAGUUUUAUUGAUCGUUGGCCAUUAAACAAUGGUUUAAUCAAUUCAUUUAUUGAACUUAUUAAUAAUGAAAUUGAACAAUUUCCGGCCAAUUCACGGGAUAAAAUUUUACUGUUAUUUACAGCACAUUCAUUACCAUUAAGUUCUGUAAAUGUAGGCGACACAUAUCCAAUGGAAGUUAGUGGAACUGUGAUGCAAAUUAUGCAUCAAUUACAAUAUCGUUAUCCAUUUCGUUUGGUAUGGCAAUCAAAAGUUGGUCCAGUACAAUGGCAAGCACCCCCAACUGAUGAUGUUAUUAAAGGAUUCAUUGAAAAAGGUCAUCGAAAUCUGCUAUUGAUACCGAUAUCAUUCAUAAAUGAACAUAUUGAAACAUUACAUGAAUUAGAUAUUGAAUAUUGUAAUGAAUUGGUGGCAAAAUUACCAAUACAAAUGAUACGUCGUUGUCCAACACCAAAUGAUCAUCCAUUAUUUAUUGAUGGUAUCGUUGAAUUGAUUGAUAAACACAUUGAAUCUGGUAUUGAUAUUUCACCACAAUUAUUGCUACAAUGUCCAUUAUGUAAUAAACAAGUAUGCCGUGAUACACGUCGUUGGUUACAGGAAUUAAAACAACAACAACAACAACAACAACGGUAAUUGAUUCAGAAUGAAUGAGAAUUUUGAAUCAGAAUCUCCAGUUUUUGAAUUGUUGCCCCAUUCUUACAUUAUUAACCCCGAAACACAGCUAAAAUGAAUGGAAAAAAUAAAAAUAUUUCAUUUCAUUUU